AUGGCUGAAACCAACAACAAGCCGGAGGGCCAUUACGAGCAACCAAAGACUGAAACGCCCUUGAAUGACGAAAACCACAUUGACGGCAAGAAAAUCGUUGCACGUCACAUACAGGGCACCGUUAAGUGGUUCAACGUCAAGAACGGCUAUGGGUUCAUAAACCGCGCUGAUACAGGCGAUGACAUCUUCGUUCAUCAAACGGCUGUCACAAAGAACAAUCCAAACAAGUAUUUGAGAUCACUAGGCGAUGGUGAAAAAGUGGAGUUCGAUGUCGUGGAGGGACAAAAAGGCCCAGAAGCAGCGAAUGUAACUGGUCCGAAUGGUAGUAACGUGGAAGGUUCGAGAUAUGCAGUUGAUAAAAGCGAUAUGCGAGGAAGAGGACGAGCUUAUCGCCGACGUUUCUAUUAUGGUUAUCGUCCGGGCAGAGGUGGAGCGAGACGUGCGAACUCUGAGGGUGAUAGAGCUGAUGGUGAAAGUGGCGAUAAUGAAGAUGGAGGAAGACGCGGGCGUGGAGGAUUCCGUGGACGCGGACGUGGCCGUAGUCGUGGACGAGGGCGUGGUCGUGGUGGACAGCGUCGCCGUGCAUCGGAAGGAGACCAUCAGGAGGGUACAACGGAGGACCAAUUAAGUGGUGAAAAUGUUGCGCGGAAAGGUGGCCGCGGACGUGGUCGUGGUGGCAGAGGUCGUCGAGGGGUUCGCAACCUUGAUGCCAUGAAUGGUGAAAUCGGAAACAAUAUUCAUCUAGCUUCUGAUGGUGAGAGUAAAGAAAAUGAACGUCCAAUUGGAGAUAUGAAGCCGUCUGAGCAAUAA